AUGCUAGCGAUAUUGCUACUGCGGCUGUAUUGCAAGGGAAAGCACUUUGUCGAAUGGUGCACCAUAGAUCUCGAAGCGGCAUCCACUUUAACACUCUUCUCGCCAUCCUGCUCCUCCUUAUCUUCCUCGGUUGGGGGGGCGCCCGCUUCCGAGAGCCCCACGCCCCCGCAGGCGGGUGGCAGGCGGGCGCGCGUAGGGACAGGGCGCCAGCAGGCUUGGUACGGGUCGAGCGGGGAAAGGGCGUUUCUUCCUCCUCCUCCCUCCUCCUCCCUCCUCCUCCUCCUCCUCCUUCUCCUCCUCCUCCUCCUCCUCCUCCUCGUGGAGCAGUGA